UUCUGAUUGGAUAAACCGACUGAUAUUGACCAAUCAAAAUUAAUUUAUGUGAUUUCAUGAAGGAUUGGCAGACAUAGCAUUGAUCACUGAUGCACAUCUGACAAGAUUGCCAUGAGUAGAGGGCGUCGCCACAUGAUUCAGUUGGAUGACUCGACUAGUCGGUCUAUGUACAGCAACGAGCCAACAUACAGUCAGGAAAUGGAACAAGAUGAGGAGGAUGGUAAGCUGCAGGACAAACAUUCUGAUGAGGAUGCAGGUGACAUACCUACCCCAGAGAGACUUGUCACAGAGGACAUGAUACCUGACAGCUACAGGCUUCCAGGCUACUCCAUACCGCCACCUCCUGGGCGUGAGAUGGACAACAAGGUGGCAAACUUCUUAGCGGAGAUCGAUGCUCUAGAGGAGCCUAUCAUUGAACAGCAGACCAAUGUGCUCACGUAUGCAGCCUCGCCACACCGUGACAGCUCACCAGCACCAGACGGUCACUCACCUGUCAGGAAGAAAGUAAACGCCUACAGCAAUAUGUUUGUGAAGGGCACACCAGAAUUUGUCAAAUCCAGGCCAGAUGACCACAAGCAUGAGAGACAUUUGCAAAAGGAGCCAUGGCCAGAAGAGCCAAUGACAGACUGGCAGCAGUUGAAGGAUGACAAGACCAACUACCCGUACUACUGGAACAUGACAACAGGGGAGGUGGUGUGGGACAUGCCUCCACAGUUCUCCCAGUACCUCCUACUGCACAAGGAGUAUGAGGAGAGAGUAGAGAAAGGGCUGCGGGAGGGGACCCUGGACCCAACAUAUAGACCGCUCGAAAAAGCAGCCCAGGAUAGCAUGUCAAAUGCCGAAAUACUGGACCAGUCCUUACUGAAGUCAGAAGAUAAGGACAGUAGGCAUCAGAAGACAAAAUCAAAGCACAGCACUUCUAGUGAAGACAGCAGUACUGACAGCAGUGGAAGUGACGCUAAAUCUCUUCGAGAAAAUAGGACAAGGUCACCUAAGAAGCGGGAAAGGAAAUCUCCAAAGAAAGAAUUCGAUAAAGGUCAACAGGAAGUGACCUCUUCAUCUUCAAACAAUAGCAGAGACAGCGAAAAGCAUGUGAAGACGACUGUGAGUCCGGACACAACACGACUUGAUGACAAGAAGCCAUUGGAGAGCACAGAGGCUGACGACAGCAUGGACUUUGACAUUGAUGACAUCGACAAACAGCUCGAGUUGGCCUUGGAGAAAAAACGGCAAGAGCUGAUGAAAGCUGAAGAGGAGAAAGAAAAGAAAGAAGAUAACAAAGACGUUGAAAAAGACAGUCAGCUCAGAGAUCGGGACCGCGACAAAAAUCAUGACCGUGACGAGGAUCGUCAUCGUAAACAUGACCGCCACGACAAGGAACGCGACCGACGAAGGGAGAGGGAGUCAGAACACGAGGAAAAGAAGCCAAAACUGACCCUGAAGGAGAGGCUUCGAAUAGAAAUGGAACUGAAACUUGAGAAAGAGAGGCGAAAGAAAAAAGCGAUAGAAGAUCUAAUGUCAAGGGAGCUGGAGCACACGGUCGGGAGCAGAAGAGGACACAAACGCCACAGUGAGGAGAGAGAAGGGUCCCGGGACCUCAAGCGGUAUCGUCAUGACGACAAGUACCCGCCUGGUAGAGACCGCGGAUAUGGAGAAUUGCACAGAGAUGACUAUGAUAGCUGGGUCCGUAGGGGCGACCGAUAUGCACCAUAUGAUUAUAGGUUUGAAGAUGAGCCGCUGUACAAGCCCCCGCCUCCAACAGAGGAGAUGUUGGCCUAUAAGGAGGAGAAGAGGUCCCAAGUGGUGGACUAUGGACAUGGCAGGUCCAGGCAGUAUGACUUGAAUGGGGACUCUGACCCUGAUGUUCCUAGGUCGGCUGAUGCCCGGGAAAUUGAGGUGAAAAAGUUGGAGGCCCUGCAGUUGGCUGAGCUGGCACUGAGCAAGCUGGAGUUCCUGGAAGUCACCAAGAAGGGCCUCUCCAAGCUGCAGAUCCUUCUCAUUGAACUCGAGACACGUCACGCGGACUGGCAGGCAGGUGGGCUGACAACAAACCACUUCUUGGGGAAGCUGCGAGAGGCGAACUGGCAGCUGGAGCAGUACGAGGGCAGCGCUGCGCCGGCCGGCUGGAAGUGCUCCUGGGACAGGGAUUACAGGCGCUACUUUUACACACACAAGCGUACUGGCAAGACUCAGUGGGACUACCCGGACGCUGAUGACAUGAAAGCUGAGGACGAGAAAGCAAGCAAGGCAACCAUACACAAGACAGAUGCUCGUCCAGUGCCCAGUGUGAGCUCUGUGUUCACCACCAGAGAGGAGCUGAUCUCAAGUGUGACUGCCCCACCCCCUCCCCCACCAACGGAGGAGCAUCCCACAGUGAGGUCCCUACAGCUCAUGUACGCCAGCGAGAGUGAGGAGGAGGAGGAGGCAGACACUGUUCCUACGCCUGUCCAUGCCAGGCCUGACAGGAUGGUCCCAGAGUCUCACACCCAGGUGAGCAUUCUGCAUGGAGAGUUACCUCCCCUACCGCCCGGGGACCAUCCCAGUGAUCGCAGCAAACGGGAGAAGAAGAAAAAAAAGAAGAAAGAAAAAUCAAAGAAAAGGGAUAAACAUGAGUCAGAGGGCCUAGUUCAGGGCCCUGUGGUUGGACCGCUGGGUUCCAUGACCUCUGUGGGACCAUCCUUGCCACCUGGCCAGCCACCACCCCCUGGAGUAGAACCCAGCACAUUCUUGGACAGCUCUGUAUCUCUGCAUCAGGUGCCAGUGUACAUGUCUGCUGAUGAGUAUGCCAUGAAUGAGCGCCCCCUGGAGUUUGGAACUGUGAUCUCGUCUGGUCCCCAGCUGUCCACCCCUGAUACUGGUUCCAUGGUCCAGGCUUCACACGGACCAGAGUACUACCCUACUGUGACAUCUUCAGAUGAUUUCGGUGGAGCAGGAGACCACGAUGAGGCCUCAGUAGGGACAGCUCCUGGCACGGAGGAGAAGAAAAAGAGGAAAAAGGAAAAGAUGGGUAGUGGGAGCCUGUCCCUGAAGAAGAAGCAUGUGUCGUCCAUGGUGCAGAAGUGGCAGAAAGUGAAAAAGGAGGUAGAGCUGGAGGAGCAGACGAGACAGAUGAGGGAGGCAGAGAUACGACGGAAACUGGCAGAGCUCGAGUGAGAUAUAUUCCUGGCAGAGACGCACAAGGAAAUAUACAUUGUAUACAAAAAACUGGUGUCACUCAUGUCAAUAUAGUGCAGGUGGCAAGACUAGAUUAAUCUUGGUUUACGUGAAAAAUAAACCGUGUAAGUUGGCCAAUCUUUCGUGAAAUGUAUCAACCUAGUGUGGCAUUCAUAAAAUUGGAGUGGUUCGAGUUAACCUAGUGCAAGUUGGUUGAUAUGAAAAACAAUUUAUCUGAUAAGAGAGAAGAGCUUGAAUGGACUCCUGCUCAAUGCAAUCUCAGUCUCAACGCUUUUUUAAGUUUGUGGUUUCUGUAAUUAUGCCAAAGCGAAUCAUACAUGCCUGUUAUAAGCAGGUCAGUAGGUCAUCUAAAAAUUGUGACUUUAUGACUGUAGCCUUUAGUGAGUUGUGUGGUAUAUCCUCCGUGUAAUAUGAGGCAGAUUAACAGAUUUGAAUAAUGCGAGAAUUUCAAGUAUUAAUGUAUGAAUAAUUAAAAGAAGGCCAUAUUUUUAACUCCUGGUACAAGUUGUUAAUGACAUUGUUAUACUUGAUGCAAUUUUAAAAUUGUAAGCAUAUUGUUUUGAAUUGUAAAGUUGUAAAACAGUUGUUAAAAGCAUCCAAUGCAAACACAUUAUUUAUCCUAUUUUGCGUAAAUGUGUUGGCGCUUAAGGACGAUUUCAUUGAAAAUACUGAUUUGUAAAUACAUUACAUUUCAAUUGUUCAAUUUCACAAUUAUUGCCAUAUAUGUACAUGUAUUGUUUAUUAAACAUAAACAAACAA